AUGGAGGCCGGGGCUGACGCGGGCCCGAGCGGGGCUGUCGGACAGGCCUCAGCCGGGCCAGGUGUCGCCGGGGCCCUGGACGCGAGCGGGCGCGCGGGGGGAGGGGAGGGGGCCGCUGCGGCGGCUCUGCUGAUUGGGCGGCGCGCUCGCGAGCCCGACUUCACCCGCCCUGAACCCCGAAGAGUGUGGCUAGGGAGCGCGCUCGGUGGGGAAGGGGUGCGCGCGCACUCUAGGCCCAAGCCGCACGCGGGCCGGCGCGAGGCGCUCGAUCGCACGCGCCUCGGCGGGGGCGCGCGCGGUGGGGGUCCGGCCCGGGAGGGGGCGCGGGGCACGGUAACUAGUGCGCUGGGGUGGGCGGCGGGCAGGCGCGAGGAGGACGAGGGAGGCGGCGGCCGGGAGGGGAAGAUGGUGGUGGCCGUGAGGUGA